AUGCCCACAUCCCGCGAAGGCUUCGAGUACACCCGCCACCUCUUCAAAGAGGUGCUGCCGUCCAUGACGGGCGGGUGUCACGCAGACGUGUGGCUUCCGCUGCCCGACAAGAUCAAAGCCGGGCGUGUCCCCGUCGGCAUCACAUACCACGGUGGGGCAUUCACGACGGCGGACUCGCAGCACGUCUUCUCCGGCCACCUCGCAUACCUCCUUGAGCGUGGCUUUGCCGUCGUGUCCCUCGAAUACCGGAUGUGUCCACACGUGCGCCUGCGCGCAAUCCGGCACGACUUGCUCGACGGCUACCGCUGGGUCCUGCACGACCUGCCGGGGCUGUAUCCCGCACUCGGGCUCGAGCCUGAGCGCAACUUUGUCUUCGGGGGCAGCGCGGGCGGCACCGCCGCCAUGUUGGUGUCCGUCGACGCGGCCACCGCCGGCCUCCCUCUCCCAAAGGCAAACUACGUCGCCUACCCGCUCGCGGAUCUCAACGGGCGCAUUUUCCGCGACUACACGCCGUACGAGGAGGCGAUUGCGGCGCUGCCAAAGUGGGCGCGGCGCAAGAUCGAUGCCCUCCUCUUCGAGCCCGUCAGCACGGCGCACGACGUUUGGAGCGAGGACGGCUCGUCGCCGCGCGCGACGUGGGCGAGCGCCGCAAUCAACUCGGCGUCGCUCAACGAGUUCAUGACGGGCCACGCGCCGCCGUACCCCGACAUCCAGAAUCCGGUGCGGUUGAUGGACGCGUCGUUCCCGCCCUCGGUGUGGGUGCUUGCCGCCGACGACGAGCUGCUCGACCCGCAGCAGACGCGGGACGCGCACGCACGCCUCCGUGAUCUCGGGGUGGAGAGCAAGCUCGUGGAGGCGGAGGGCAUGCCGCAUGGCGCGCUCGAGCCGGGCCCGGGCAAAGACGGGUGGGAGGAGCGCUUCUGGCCGUAUGCGCUGCCGGCGCUCGAGUUUUGCGUGCGCAAGUGCGAGAAGCGCGGGUGGUGUUGGAUCCAGUAG